AUGCCCAUCCUUAGAAACACCAAUUGGAACUAUGGUGCUCCGAAAGCUCGCUACCGCAAAAACGAACUACAGCUGCGGCAGCCAAAGGGGUUCCCGAUCAAACCACUCAAGAUCACGCUCGACCGCGCUCGCGAAGAGGCAGAACUUGAGGCAGCGACCAAACGAUAUGCUGACCCUGACUUCGAGAUCUACGAAGACUGGAAGGAAAACGACGAGCUUGAGGAGGAAGACGACUACGAUGGCAAGGUAGAACCCGAGAGCGAGGCAGCAGAUAGCAUCGCAGAGGAUAUUCUAGACGGUUUCGCCUACGGCAGUAUGGACGGCAACGCAGACGAAAGCGAUGCUUCCACCGAUCUUCCGACUUUCAGAGUCAUCCCUGAGAAGCCUACUGCGCUUGUUGACAGUCUUGGACGUACUCGCGCAGCUACAAGCCGACGAAAGGCUCAGGAAGUUUCUGACGCUAUCAUAUCGCUAGGAGUCUCACGUGAAGGCAACGGGAAUGCAGCAGUUGACAACAAGAAGCGCAAGCAUACAAACACGCAGAUGGCCAAACAACCGAGGAAGACAUUGCCGAAGAAGUCCGUCUAA